AUUUUUCGUGCGGGAGGAAGGAGAGAGGAUCCGGGAUCAUGUCGUCGGGAGACUCGCUGGAAGGAAGUGUUGCCACAGACAGCCACACAGCAACAGACAGGGCUGCAUGCACGGAGAACCUAACGGAGACAGAUGCCUACAUCAGAAGCUCUUUGGCUCUGGAUCCUGCAGAGGAGUACAAGACGAGCAACAAGCGACGAGGCCUUGCCCUCAUCUUCAACCAGGAGCGUUUCUUCUGGCGCCUGGGUCUAAACGACCGGCACGGAACCAACGCCGACCGUUUCAACCUGGAGAGAAGGCUGACUGCUCUGGACUUUGAAGUGAGAAGUUAUGAUAACUACAAACAGGAGGAGGUCUUACAACAAAUCGAUUUAGCUGCUGCCGACAAUCACUCGGACGCAGACUGCUUCUUGCUCAUCUUCCUGAGCCACGGUGAGAACAACCACGUUUAUACCUACGACGGCAAGAUCGAAAUCCAGGACAUCACAUCCAUGUUCAAAGGAGACAAGUGCAAGAGCCUUGUAGGGAAACCAAAGAUCUUUAUCCUGCAGGCGUGCCGCGGAGACAUACACGAUGUACCAGUGAUGGCCUUCGAUGCAGUUGACAGUGAAAUAAAGACGAAUGAGGUGGUGGUGGAUGCCAGCGCCGUCUACACCCUCCCUGCUGGAGCGGAUUUCCUCAUGUGCUAUUCUGUGGCUGAAGGCUACUAUUCCCACCGGGAGACCAUCAAUGGAUCCUGGUAUAUCCAGGAUCUAUGUGAGCUGCUUCAGAAGUUCGGGGAUUCCCUUGAAUUCACAGAGCUUCUCACGCUGGUCAACAGAAAAGUGUCAAUGAGGAGCGUUGGGAACUCUAGUGACCGGAACGCCAUCGGGAAGAAGCAAGUACCUUGCUUUGCUUCAAUGCUCACCAAGAAACUAUACUUCAGACCCAAAAAGUAACAGUUUCUGAUCCAGAGUAUGAUCCAGUCAUUCAAUUAGCUGUUUUUUUUUAUUGUUGCCUGUGCAACAGGUUCUGUUAAAUCCAGAUAUAAAUUAUGUUUUUCCUGUGGUCCACCUCUGUAUGUAGUUGCUGAGCACCAUUAUUGACAGAUGCACUCAACAAUCAGCUAAUUUAAAGGUGUAGAAUUUCCAAUCAAAUCAGUGGUUAUAAAAUAACAGGAAUGUGCAUUUCCCAGGAAGAGGUGAAAUGUGAAGGUUCUCCCGGACUCAGGCUAUCGCAAGAGAAAUCUGUUUCACAAGUUUCACUUUGACAAAUCUGACUUCAUGUCUGGGUUGAACCAUGACUCCGUUUAUGAGGGGAUUUUAAAGGUUUGCAUCAGCUUGACAGGAGGAUCAAGAUGGUGAUAAUAUCAGAGGUAGAUGCGAUAUGGUUACUGUAAAUCAGUGAAUGAUUUGCAGACUUAUCUACUGUCUUUCUUUCGUUUUAAUGUGAACAUGAAACCAAGUAGAUAAGAUGAGGUUAUUAUGUAAUCCUAUACACCACCCCUGCAGUAGUUACCUCGGCGGGUAGGUUAGGUUUUCUUCUGAGUUUGAUGUUUAGCAGGAUAAUACAAAAACAGAUUUCCAUUGCAGGGGUAUGGCGUGACAAAAAGGGAGGAUCUAUUAAUUUUCUCACAUGGGAGAUGGAGCGUUAGCCUCGGUGUAGGUAAGCUCUCUCUGAAAGCCUUUUGAAUGUGAAUCAGUAUAUUGAAAACUCAUCUCAGCUACUUGUGUGCAAUAGAUAUAUUUAACAAGUCUUACCUGCAAACUCAAUUUGAAUACUCAGCACAGCACUGUGAUUUCGGCAUACUCAGCCACUCAGAUUAAUGAGUUGGUAAAAGUGUUUUAACUCGAUUACCCUCUUGCAGUUCUUUACUGCGGACGUUAGAUUAGCAAAGGCCACAUGUGUAAAUACUUUUUAAGAAAUCGAAUAUUAAAAAGGAGGGAAAGGAGCCAAGUAAGCAUCUUAUAUAGAAAAUGUUAUAUACGCUGUUAUUUAGUGAUUAAAUUCAGGAUCUGUGCAAAUUUACACUUGAGCUAUUUCCUGGUGGACGCCCUGAAUGCAUCUUUACAUAUUUAUAGUACAUGCAUUUUACCACAUUAUAUUAUUUCUACCUUUUGAGAAGCUGUCUGGCCCAAAAGGUCAGGUCUCAGGGUGACUCCAUAUUUAAUUCUAACUUUUUAAGACCAAAAUUAAGUGAAUGCAAUUUUGCUUAAGCCUUUUUUUUUUUGUGCCAGAAAUGUGAAAUUAAUGGUUAAUCUCUUGAGAUCUUAAUUUGUGGUCUUCAUGUAAGGCUACAUGUUGUAAGAUGUUCCUUCCUGUUAUUUUAUCCAACCACUGUAACCCUUACUGCAAGAUGACCAUGGACCACCUUCUGCGUUAGCGAGUCUACAUUGCCUUGUUUAAUCCAGUUUCAACCACUGUGGUACCACAACAAUAUUAUCUUAUUCUCUUUUUGUCGACUUGUUUUUUUUUUAGCUGUAAAAUCUGUUUUUUUGCGAGGCAGUUGACAUCCCAGCAUAGCAACCAGGUAAACAGUGCUCGACGAUACGGAUGAUUUUGUUCACAUCAUGGUUUAACUGUCUCUAUAAGCACCAGUGAUCACGUAAACGCAUUAUCCAGGGACAACGUUAACAAGCUGUUUGUCCAAACCCACGACGCCAAAAAGGGAAUCCAUGUUUGUGCUGUUCUUUGUGUCGUAGCAGUUUACGGUACGACAUUUUAAUAUUGCGUAUUUGCACCCAAAACAGCAACAAACGACAAUGUGGAAAACUACCUCAGGGAGAAGGGGUGUCCUGUUCUUAAACACGUACUGUGGACCUAAAACACUUUCAGCUGUGUUGCAUGACCAAUACUCAGGAAAUACAUAACUACCAGCAAACACUCAUUCUGUAUUUUUGUGGUCUGAAUCUUGUUUUUACAAUAAAUUCUGUGUGACAUCAA